CAGAGAUGCUGCUUUGUCUCUACUUCCUGCUGCUCGCUGCAUGCUUCUCUAUCAGCUAUACAGCUGAUCCUGAACAGAUAACAGUGCAGACGGGCAUGAAGGCUACACUGCCCUGUCCUCAUAAGAAAGGAGAUGUAAAAUGGAGUUGGUAUAAGGGGGGUAAUGGUAAAGUGCCUCUUGUCACUAUAGAAAAUGGCAAAGUGAACAUCAUUGACAAACACUUUGCUUUCGGAUCAGAUAAUUCACUGGUGAUAGAAAAUGUUACACCCGAUCUUGAAAGAAUGUAUUUGUGUAAUAACUACCGGAUAUAUCUGGAAGUAAUGAAGGAUCUCAACAUGGUGGAUCCUGAAGCUGGAUAUAAACCAGUCACACAGAGAAACAAGGGACAGGGUGUUGACUCAGGACAGGAGGGAACCGCUGCAGAACCAGAGAACCAUCAACCAUUUGACUUUUGGAAAGUACCUGUUGGUGUAGUGGUUGGUGCUGCUUUGGUGCUUCUGGGGAUCAUAACCCUGAGACACUUCUCCAACAACAGAGAAGAGAGAAACCCCAACGAGGACGAAGCUGUACCUGAGAGGAUCUACGAAGAGAUUAAAGACAGUGAGCAUCAGCCUGGGAGGGAGUCUUAUGGAAGUCCUUAUUACUGGACAAGCAUCAAUGAAACGGCAACUACACAACCCAAUAAUAACAAGUACAACAGUGUGAACAGGCCAGCAGCUGAAGGAGGCAGCAGGGAGGAAUGUGUGUAUCACCUCACCCAACUUCCACUUCAGACAGGAAAUGUCAGCGAAUAAACUUCUGGUAAAUUCAGCCUGUACAUGAACUGGUCACCACACCUCUCCAGCCGUGUGAAAAACACCCUUAGAGUGUCAAAAUGUUUUUUUGUUUGAUGCCUGAAUAUAAAAGAUGAGAAUCAACAAGCAACUCAUAUUUGGAAACCCCCUUUAAUGUCAUAUGCAGGCUCGACUCCACUUCGAGAAAUACAAUUAGUAACAAAGCACUUAUAUACUAAUAAAGGACUGGCUUAUCUAAAGCCA